CUCUACGCUGGGACUGGGAGGACCAGCUGCCAGCUGCUGGUGGGACAAAAAUGUAGAAAUUGGAGAUCCAAACGUCACAAAAUCCCCCCUUUUCCCCGAGGUGUUGCAUAACGAUUCUUCUACCCACCACAACUCAAUGACCUACUCAAUCAAUCUGAUGUCAUCAUCAUAGACCACCGGGUGAACUCAGAAACACCGAAACCCUAAUUUGCGUGAACAAGAACAAGAUGGGUAGUGAGGCUUCACCGGUGGAGAUUGUGAAUAUAGCGGAUGACGACAACAACGGCGACGAUGAUGAAAUAUCACUACUAUAUGCAACACCCAUCUCCGUCUCACUCAAAAAAGCAACCACCGCAAAAAUUGCUAUAUCAGUUGAAGAGUACUCCGAUGACAGAGACCUCAGGCUUGCUAUCAUGGCCUCUCUAUCUCGAUUACCAAAACCCAGUACCAGACCCAAAAGAGAAAGGAUCAUCGACCUUUCUCGAGAUUACCCAAAUGAUGAUGAAGUUGAAGUCCAGGUGUUAGAUUCUUUCUCCCCACCAUUUCCGAGAACCAGAAAGCCCUUUCGAGGCCGCCCUUACAUUUCUGAACCAGGACAGUCUUCCAAUUCCAAGCCUGACGAUAAAGAUAUCACAAUUCCACCCUUCGUGUGUGAAAUCUGUACUGACCCAAAGCCUUAUAGUGACUCCUUUUUCAUACCGGGUUGUACCCACCGUUACUGUUCGGAGUGCAUGGUGAAGUACGUGGGGUCAAAGCUAGAAGAAAACAUAUGUCAAAUUCAUUGCCCUGUUGCGGGAUGUGAAGGGCUAUUAGAGCCGGAGAAUUGCCGUUCAAUUUUGCCGCAACAUGUGUUUGAUUGGUGGGGCAAGGCGUUGUGUGAGGCGGUGAUUUUAGCUUCGGAAAAGUUGUAUUGUCCUCANAUGGGUAGUGAGGCUUCACCGGUGGAGAUUGUGAAUAUAGCGGAUGACGACAACAACGGCGACGAUGAUGAAAUAUCACUACUAUAUGCAACACCCAUCUCCGUCUCACUCAAAAAAGGAACCACCGCAAAAAUUGCUAUAUCAGUUGAAGAGUACUCCGAUGACAGAGACCUCAGGCUUGCUAUCAUGACCUCUCUAUCUCGAUUACCAAAACCCAGUACCAGUAGCAGUACCAGACCCAAAAGAGAAAGGAUCAUCGACCUUUCUCGAGAUUACCCAAAUGAUGAUGAAGUUGAAGUCCAGGUGUUAGAUUCUUUCUCCCCACCAUUUCCGAGAACCAGAAAGCCCUUUCGAGGCCGCCCUUACAUUUCUGAACCAGGACAGUCUUCCAAUUCCAAGCCUGACGAUAAAGAUAUCACAAUUCCACCCUUCGUGUGUGAAAUCUGUACUGACCCAAAGCCUUAUAGUGACUCCUUUUUCAUACCGGGUUGUACCCACCGUUACUGUUCGGAGUGCAUGGUGAAGUACGUGGGGUCAAAGCUAGAAGAAAACAUAUGUCAAAUUCAUUGCCCUGUUGCGGGAUGUGAAGGGCUAUUAGAGCCGGAGAAUUGCCGUUCAAUUUUGCCGCAACAUGUGUUUGAUUGGUGGGGCAAGGCGUUGUGUGAGGCGGUGAUUUUAGCUUCGGAAAAGUUGUAUUGUCCUCAUAAGGAUUGUUCGGCGCUAUUGAUUGAUGAGAGAGGUGGAAAUGGUGAGGUGAUAACCCAGUCGGAGUGCCCCAGUUGCUGGAGGUUGUUUUGCGCGGAGUGUAAGGUUGAAUGGCAUUGGGGAAUUGAAUGCUCCGAGUUUCAGAAGUUGAACAAGGAUGAGAGAGAAAAAGAGGAUAUUAUGUUGAUGAAUCUUGCCAAGGCUAAGAAAUGGAUGAGGUGUCCUAAAUGCAAGUUCUAUGUUGACAAGUCUCAAGGUUGCUUGUUUAUGAGAUGCAGGCAGGUUAGUACUCCAGUAAGUAGGCAAAGUGCCAUUCCUGGUUUGUAA